AUGGCGUCCUUGUCCCAGCUGGCAGUCUGGCUCUCCCAAUCGGCCGCUGCUCGCUCCUAUGCGGUCUUCUCCAAAGGCCUGAGCCGCACUCUGCUCAUCUUCUUCAACCUGGCCUGGAGGCUGAGGAUCAAAUUCCCCUACCUCUAUGUCAUCGCCUCCAUGAUGCUCAACGUCAGGCUGCAGGUGAGAGCCGGGCCCCCUUCACUGCAUCCCCCCCCCAUCACUAGACCCCCCCCUUCUCAUCUCCCAUCCCUAGAUCCCCCCUCCCAUCCCAUCCCAUCCCUAGAUUGCCCCCUUCUCAUCCCCAGAUCGCCCCCCCUUCUCAUCCCCAGAUCGCCCCCCCUUCACAUCCCCAGAUCGCCCCCCCCCUUCUCAUCCCCAGAUCGCCCCCCCCCUUCUCAUCCCCAGAUCGCCCCCCCCCUUCUCAUCCCCAGAUCGCCCCCCCCCCUUCUUCUCAUCCCCAGAUUGCCCCCCCCUUCUCAGAUCGCCCCCCCCCCUUCUCAUCCCCCAUCCCUAGAUUUCUCCCCCCCCCCUUCCCAUCACUAG